AUGACUCGCUUGUCACUUGGCUUCGGUUUCGGUGUCGACGCCCGCGGCUUGUCACUUGGCUUGUCACUUAGCUUCGGCUUUGGCUUCGCUUUUGGCUUUGGCUUCGGUUUCGACUCCCGCAGCUUGUCACUUGGCUUCGGUUUCGGCUUUGGUUUCAGAUUUGGCUUCGACAUCGGUUUCGGCUUUGGCCUCGGUUUUGUCUUCGGCUUCAGUUUCGACUCCCGCGGCUUUGUCACUUGGCUUCGGUUUCGGCUUCCUCGGUGUUCGAUCCGACGGUUCAAUGUCCCGAUGGCCUCUUUGGCGUAG